AUGCAGCGUGUUCUAAUUCAACAAGAUAUUUCCAAUGAAAUGUUCAUAAUUACUGAAAGCACUUAUGAAACUCAAGAACAACUCAAUGUUACCAUCGAAAAUGAGAAAUGUAAUAGUCAACUUUUCGAUCUUGUACAGGGUCUUGUCUUUCGAUGUCAUAUUAUUUACUAUAAACAAAUUUCUUCAAACAAUAUUCUUUCUGAUAAAGAUAUCAUUAUCUUCAAUUUUCAUCAUGCUUUCUUUGAUUAUUCAUCGAUGAAAUUAUUUCUUCAUGAUCUUGAUCAAGCUUAUAAAACAAGUCAACUAACAACUGAUAAUGCCACUACUCUACGUUAUAUCGAUUGUCAGUAUAUUCAAUUCCUUGUCUUAUUUACAUUGCUUCUUUCUUCAUAUUUAGAUGUUGCUAUUGAACAACAAAUGUCAAUGACUGGUGCAAGCAUGUUUUGGCAUGAUACUUUGCAUGAUUAUCAUCUUGAUCAAUCACUAUCAUUACCAUAUGAUCGAUAUCGUCUCCCAAAUGAACAUCGAACUAAUCAUAUAACAUCUGUCUCUUUCGAUUUUGGUCAAGAUCUGUCACAUAAUUUUCUCACCUAUGCAUCAUCAAACAAUGUAUUACUUGAACAUGUCACAUUUGCUGUUUAUUUCAUCUUUCUAUUUAAAUUAACUAAUGCACAAACAGAUCUAUGUAUUGCUCUGAACAUUAAUAACAAUCGAUAUAGAGAUGAACUUAA